AUGCAAGCUCCUAGGUCAGGAAUUAAAUAUUCAUGGUGCAAUAACAGGGUGGGAAGAAAAGGGAUACUGUGUGAUUUAGAUAAAGCAUUUUAUAAUGUUAAAUGGCUGGAGAAAUAUGAAGGAUGGAACUAUAAAGUGGGUGUCAGAGGAACUUCAGAUCAUGGAGCUCUAAUGGGAGGUGUGAAAAAUAUUACAAGACCAUCAAAUAUACCAUUUAGGUAUCAAUCUAUGUGGACAACUCAUCCAGAUUUUAUCAAGGUAAUACAAGAUUCAUGGAAUGAAGAAGUUUUUGGGAAUCCAGCUUUCUGUUUUAUUAGUAAAUUGAAAAGGCUCAAGAACUGGCUUAAAAUAUGGAAUUGGGAAGUGUUUGGGGAUCUAAGUGCAAAAGUUAAAUCUACUGAAGAUAAUGUCAUGGAUGCUUCUUUAGAAUCUGAUGCAGAUCCUGAAAACAUAGAGUUGUUAAAUAACUUGAUCACUGCAAGGGGGAAGCAUGAGUUAGCCUCUCAGCAAUACAAUGAGUUAAUGAGAGCAAAAGCUAUAAUUAAAUGGGUUAAAGAAGGAGGUGCAAAUACAACUUUCUUUCACACAACUAUGAAAAUUAGAAAAUCUUGUAAUAAUAUUUCUGAAUUAGAAGAUGAAGCUGGAAAUAGAGUAACUUCUCAAGAUCAGAUUUCAGAUAUUUUAGUUUCACAUUACAAAAAGAAGUUUGAGAGGAAGAGUGUAGUGUUUGAGGAUGAACUUUUUGAGGCAAUUCCAAAGAUACUUAAUGAGGAUGAUAAUACAUAUUUGGAUGCAAUACCUUCACAAGAAGAAAUUUAA